AUGUCAAACUCAUGGGGUGAGCCUACCUGGAGUGCUGACGAGCGGGUCCGGCGGUUCAACCAAGAGGUAACGUUUUCCGGCUACGAGUCCUCAAUAAACGGCGAUGAAGUCGAGGAGAGCGGCCCAAGAGGCAGAAUUCCACAAUAUCCUUUUUCACAACCGAAGCGACAAAGAACAUCUGCAACGGUGUCGUUGGCGCGUACCUCAUCUCUGGCUUCUUCAAACAUGUCGCCUCCAUCCAGCUCCGCGCCAGUCCGAGUCAAAAGUGAAGCCGCAGUGCUGGCUCUUGAGCAAUUACAGACUAAGCCGCCCGAGGAGAGAGUGAAAGUAUACGUAGGCAAGAACAACACCGCGAUGGAAGUGGGCCUCAAAGAUCUCGACAAGUCACCUGUGCUGAAGUCUCUGAUCAGCAAACUCGGCACGCCUGGUCCCUACAUCAUGCAUCCGGAACUGAUGAGUGUCGAUGCGGCCCACUUUCACUCGAUCCGCGAGUUUCUACUCACGAAUGAAUAUAUGCCGGCCCUCGUCAACAACCCUCAUGGGGAAAAUAUCCUUCCAAAGCAACUCGAUAAUUGCGCCACCCCUGAACACUACAGAAAUGAGGCGCUAAGGGCGGGAACCUUAUAUGUUAUCGCGGAGAGACUAAGGAUGAGCACUUUACAGGAACUCGUCUUUCGGAAGAUCACCCAGGCACAGUUCCACCCAUACGGUGCCAAAUGUCUUCUUGACUUGGCUAUGGUCAUCUUCUCGCGGCCCGAGCCAACCGAACUGAAUCGAAACGAGAAUCUCAAGCAAGCGGAAGGCGAUAGCGAGAAUGAGGCAACGGAUCCUCUAGAGAAUUGGCUCGUCGAAUCGCUCAAGGACCAAUUUCAGACGAUGAUGAUCAAUCAUGCUCGGCAAUUCUUUCGCGUGUCAAAUCACGGCGCUUGUAGGAAACGAGAAUUCGGUCCCAGGAUCUUAAGGAGCAAAGUCGAGGACUGGGAUGCACUAGGCCCAGAUGUCGUCGCGAUUGAAGACGAUGAAUGA